UAUAUUGGUGAGUCUAGGGUUUUAUAGGCAGGACUUGAGGUUUAGGGAUGAAGAAGGUUUCCAAGAGCAGCUGCAAGACAGCAUCACACAAGCUCUUUAAGGACAAGGCAAAGAACCAUGUUGAUGAUCUGCAGAUGAUGUUCCUGGAUCUGCAGGUUGCCAGGAAGGAGAGCCGUACGGUUGAUGCUGCACUUCUUGAGGAGCAAGUCCAUCAGAUGCUUCGUGAGUGGAAGGCUGAGCUCAAUGAGCCCUCUCCUGCUUCUUCUUUGCAGCAAGGUGGCAGUCUUGGAUCAUUCUCGACCGAUAUCUGUAGGUUAUUGCAGCUCUGUGAGGAGGAAGAUGAUGCCACUAGCCCAUUAGCUGUGCCUAAGCCUGAACCUAAUGAUCAAGCUGGGGCUAAGGAGAUAUUCCAAGAGGGCCAACAUCAAAAUGAUUUCCUAUUAAUUGAUGAGAGUAAACACUCCACCUCAGGAGUUUCCAAUAUGGCCGCUAACAACUUGGAUGGGCCUGCUUUAGAGUAUCAUCAAUUUGAUUUAAAUCAGGACUUGGAUCACAGCUUUUAUGCUGGUUUUAACGAUACAGGUUUUUGUGAGGAGGAUGCUGUUCCUCAUAUAUCUAGCUAUCUACCAAGCAUCUUCCCUCCUCCUUCUGCUUUCUUAGGCCCAAAAUGUGCACUUUGGGACUGUCCAAGGCCUGUGCAAGGGUUGGACUGGUGUCAAGACUAUUGCAGUAGCUUUCAUGCUGCUCUAGCUUUAAAUGAAGGACCACCAGGCAUGGCCCCAGUUCUAAGACCUGGGGGAAUUGGACUGAAGGAUAAUUUACUUUUUGCUACUCUUAGUGCAAAGGCACAAGGAAAAGAUGUUGGCAUACCAGAAUGUGAGGGAGCAGCAACUGCAAAGUCUCCAUGGAAUGCACCUGAGCUCUUUGAUCUUUCUGUUCUUGAGGGUGAGACUAUUAGGGAAUGGCUUUUCUUUGAUAAGCCUCGAAGAGCAUUUGAGAGCGGAAACAGAAAGCAGAGGUCAUUGCCUGAUUAUAGUGGGCGUGGAUGGCAUGAAUCUAGAAAGCAAGUGAUGAAUGAGUUUGGGGGCCUGAAGAGGUCCUAUUAUAUGGACCCACAACCGCUGAACCAUUUUGAGUGGCACCUUUAUGAGUACGAAAUCAGCAAGUGUGAUGCAUGUGCCUUAUAUCGGUUGGAACUAAAGCUUGUUGAUGGGAAGAAGAACUCUAAGGCAAAGAUAACUAGUGAUUCAGUUGCUGAUCUGCAGAAGCAGAUGGGAAGGCUCUCUGCAGAGUUUCCGUCUGAUAACAGAUGGUCUGCCAGAGGAAGAACCAAACCUAAUGCCAAGGUUGGCAUAGGUGGUGUCUAUUCAACUUCAAACAAAGUAACUCAACUAAAUGGACCAUAUGAAUACGGGUUAGCUACACCAUAUGACUAUCUUGUUGAGAACACAAGCGACUAUUAUUUGACGUGAUUGAUCUUUAAGGAACAAGAAGAUAAGGUCAUUUUUUCCCAUUGUCGAGACAUUGUGAAUAGCUCAUUCUCUGAGGAGUGCUGCAUUAGAGGCUGCUGGAUACCGAUUUCUAACUUCGGAAGUUCACCUUAAAAAAAAUUGCUGCAUGCCUUUUAUUAAAAGCAAUUGGGUGAGUGCUUGAAUCUAAUCGGCAGUACAGAAAUUGACCUAUUAUUGAGGCACAAAAUUGCUGUAAUUUAGCCCUGACUCUUUAUUAUCCAAAUCAUACUAAUGUAAGUCACUUAACAACACUGUUGAAGGCGUUAGAUGCAGUCUGCAUGACAGACUUUUCAAGGCUCCAUAACAAUAGUGUUGACUUUGCAAUAAAUGUUUCAGACCCUUUAUGAGCAAUU